AUGCGCGUAGGGAGGUCAAGGGACCCGACGUACUGCGGCCAGUGUAAUCUGGUAGUGCACGGGCAGUUCGUUAGGGCUAUGGGGAAGGUGUAUCAUCUGAACUGCUUCAGGUGCAAGGACUGUAACAAGGUCGUCGCGCAAAAGUUCUUCCCCGUCGAAGAUCCAGAAGGGAUGUACCCGCUGUGCGAGCGCGACUACUUUGCGCGACUCGACCUCAUCUGCGCAAAGUGCAAUUUGGCUUUACGAUCUAGCUACAUCACAGCUUGCGGAGAAAAAUAUCACGUCGAGCACUUUACUUGCUCGGAAUGCGAUGUCGUCUUUGGCCCGAACGACUCGUACUAUGAGCAUAGCGGCAAAGUCUACUGUCACUUCCAUUACUCGACGCGCUUUGCUGUCAAGUGCGUAGGAUGCGAGACGGCGAUCUUGAAGCAGUUUGUCGAGAUGAACCGGAAUGGGAGGGACGAGUGCUGGCAUCCCGAGUGCUACAUGAUCAGCAAGUUCUGGAAUGUCCGCCUAGCCUCCAAGACUUUCAACACCCCCGCCAACUCUGCCGUCUCCUCCUCCGUCUCCCUCCUCGAAAUGACACCCGCCAUGUCCAUGUCACAACUAUCGGUUCAAUCGUCGGCUACCGCCGGUGCCGUCACUGGCGCGCCAACCUCAACCUCACCCGCGCUCUCCGAGAAUCUUGGCCCUGUCGAGCUCAAGGAGAGGCAAGAGGCGAUGGAGACCAAAGUACUCCAGAUUUGGCAUGUCCUGAGUGGGUACGAGGAGAGCUCGGCGGCAUUGAUUGGGGAGAUGCUGCGUGCUGUGAAUGGGCGGAAUCUGCUCGAGAUUGUCUUGCUGGCGGAGCGAUUCAUCUUGCAUGUGGAGGCGCUGUUUGCGGUAAUUGAUGAUCUCGAGGCCCAGUUUUCUCUCGCGGGCGUCAAGGGCAUGUCACACGCCCGCGAAGCCAAGCAACUCUGCCGAAAGCUCGUCAACCUCUUCUCGACCAUGUCGCAAAUUUCACCCACCGGUCCUGCCCAGCCAAACAACCAGGAUCUCUACACCCUCAUCACCCAGCUCGCGCACUAUCUCAAAAUCCUCAUCCGUAUAGCGCUCACCGGGGCGAUCAAACUCGAGCGCGAGCAAGGCCACGCGACGGCAAUGAUCAAUGCCCUCGGCCGGCUCAAUCUACUUGGUAUGGACGGGAGCGACCCGAGUAUACCGAAACGAGGCGAUUAUCCCGAGCAGUUGAAGCGGGCUAUCGACGCGCUUCCGAGGAGACCGGCUGGGUUUAUCCCUAGUACCCAAGGUAUCGCGUACGGCUACCGAAGCCUAGCUGCGACGCACGAAACGACCCUGCGCGGACCGCAAGAGGAAGACUUUGUCCCUCCCGAAGGCUGCGCGCACUGCCACAAAGCCAUCGAAGAGGACUGCAUCCGACUCGGCAUGUUUGACAGGUGGCACUCCCCCUGUGUGCAGUGUGCGGUCUGCGGCGAUCGGGCGGUCCAGCCCAUCGGGGAAGAAUCGGAGGAUACCCAGUCUCGGGAAGAGGGAUCGCUCGUCCCGCCCUCCAGGCCAAAACGGGCGGCGCCGAGAGUACGGGACUUUGUGUUCGAGCUGCCCAUUCCUCCGUCCACGAUCUACUGCACCAAGCAUCAGACACGGACGUCGAAGGAUGGGUUCGAGAGUGUCUCGAGGCUCGAGCAGUAUGCUUUCUUGCUGCAUAUUGCGCUGAGGCGGCUGUAUGUACACUUCAGGAUACACCACAACCUGCCAAGUGUUCGCGACCAUGGCCUGGAGGAUAUCGUCACCGCACCCGGCUUUGACGUGAAGCGGAUGAAGUCGGUCGUUACCCUCGAUCGCAAGCUCUCCUCUACCGCUCGUCUGCCUCAACGCUCCACGGUCGUCGAAUCUCCCGCCGGCAGGAUAGCGAACGAGGACGGUCGGGUAGUGUCUGCUCGUGCAAAAGACGGUUCCCCACCCAAGAUCAUUGCCGACGAUCUCACGGAAGACGACCCUCCUGGAUCAGCCACGGUCGAUGUCAUCCGUCCCGCUUUCGCUCGGAACAACACCAGCGUCAUGAUUGUCAACGACAACAAUACGGAUCUACCGCCCGAGAUCGUCGACCAGCUACAGACGCACCAGGCGAUGCAGGAGGACGACGCCAUUACGCUCGGCGAUAUCCCGAUGCUCGCGGACCAGACGCGGCGUCUGGGCGGUCAUGACCAAAGCAGUCGCCGACCAUUGUUGGCGGGUCUGAACCAGCUUCAGUCGCUCAUACUCAAACACUUUGCUUUGCUUGCUCUGCAAAAGUCGGGAUUGGGGCAUUUGAUUGAGCUGGAUGAGGUGCUGGAGUUGCUGGAUGUGAGGAAGAAUCAGUGGUGGAACAAGAUUUUCAAGGGGAAUGUCAAGGAUAAGCAGAAGAAGAAGGGCGUCUUCAAUGUUCCGCUGGAGAUUCUGGUCGAGCGGACCGGAUCGGAUAGUCAGAUGGGCGCGUCGAAUGCCCAGCUCAGAGUACCCGAGUUCAUCGAGGAGAUGAUUGCUACGAUGCGGCAAAUGGACAUGGCCGUGGAGGGUAUCUUCCGAAAGAACGGCAACAUCCGGCGAUUACAGCAAAUCAGCGAGGCGCUCGAUAAAGACUCGACGCAGGUCAAUCUGUCGGAAGAGAACCCGGUCCAGCUUGCGGCGCUACUCAAGCGGUUCCUGCGCGAGCUGCCGGAUCCGCUCUUGACGUUCAAGCUGCACAAGCUGUUCUGCGCUGCUGCUUCGUUCCAAUCUGUUGAAGAACGGCAAAGAUGUCUACACCUCCUCAUCUGCCUCUUGCCCCGGUAUAAUCGCGACACGAUGGAGGUCCUCUUCGUCUUCCUCAAAUGGGUCGCCUCCUUUUCGUACAAGGACGAGGAGACCGGCUCGCGGAUGGACCUCGGCAAUCUCGCAACAGUCAUCUGCCCCUCCAUCCUCUACGCCAAAGGCGCCAAUGCGGCCCGGGACGAAUCCUUUAUCGCCAUCACCGCCGUCCAGGACAUGCUGGAGAACCAGGACGAGUACUAUGCUGUUCCCGAGGAACUCCGGUUCGUCAUUGACGAAAAUAUCUUCAACAUCUUCGCCAAGGACCUGGACCUCCCGCCCAAGGAGAUCCACCGGCACUGCAGCAAGUACAUGCAGGCGAGGGGACAACCGCCUACGCCUAAUCCGGGCAACGCGGGCGGCGGCGGCGGCGGCGGAUCGGGAUCGGGAUCGUCUCGGCUCCCACCGAGCUCGUCGGGGCAGAUGCGGGAACGGCCUAGCGACUCCCGGCUGAGCAACCACCGGUCCGAGGGGAACCUCACGAGCGACUCGCACAUCCAGCCACCGCCCAACGGUUCGGGGGCCGGACCGGUCCCUAUCCCUUCUUCCCACUUCCGCGUCCCCGCCCCACCCUCCAACAUCGGCAUGGGCAUCUCCGUCCCCAACUCCAAUACCUACGCCCAGCAUUCCUCUUCGGCGACUCGGCCACAGUCGUACAUCCCCUCGAAUCACGGUAGCCAUUGGAGAGGCCCGUUCCAGGGUGCGGGGAAUGGGAGUAGGAAUUCUUCAAGAGGGUCGGCGCCGAGUAGCCCAGGGCCGGAUGACCGGGGUCGCACGAGCUUGCAGCUGGAUUCAGAAGGGAGGAGGACGCCGGUAUCGCAGGAUCACAGAUGA